CUGUUCAAACCACCCCGACAGUUGUGAGGAAUAGGCUUGAGAGGGAGGGGGCGAAUAAGGUCUACUGGUCCUCAAUGGUACCUGCGUCGCCCAGUACUAUAAAAGAAGGUGAGAGGGCUUGUUUCGGGAGUUGCCGGACAACAACAAAACGAAAGUCCGCACAAAAGCCCUGUUGAGUCUUGUUCAACUGAAUUGAAACAACAAGCGUCGGUCGCCUAUUGUCUAUUGAAGGACAACAAGAGCGCACUAUGGCCAUCACCUACAAAGCAAAACUACCAUACUGCAACCUCUGUCUUUUCCCCAUCAUCCUUUACGCUCGUUAUCAUCGAAGACGACCGACGUAGACGCCGCCGUCGACGAUGAAGAACAAGGAAACGCAUUCAGACCCUCUCUCGACACCAACAGUCGUACACACCAAACCAACCCAGCGUUCGCCACCAGCACCGACCUACGCUCUUCUCUUCUCUCACUGCUCUCGCAACGAUGUCUUCACCCUUCUCAUCCCCGCCGUCAUCGCGUCCCUCGUCGGUGGUGGUGUACAACCCUUCAUGACACAUCUCAUCGGUCAGGCUUUCAACGCAAUGGCCCAGUUCCCAAACGUUUCCCCCACGGAUGGUGAUAGACAUCGUCUGGUUCGAACUAUGACGCUUGUAGCUAUUGAGCUCGUGUGCCUCGCCGCUGGCUCGCUUAUCAUAAGCAGUCUUAUCAGUGGGCUAUGGUUGAGGGUCGGCGAACGCAUCGUCAUGAGAGUGAGGAACAAAGUUUUCCACGCUGUGGUUCGCAGAGAUAUCGAAUGGUUCGAUAAGCUCGGCGUCUCGGAAUCCGAGAAUACCUCAGACGGCAUUGGGGCUGGUGGACUAAUGGCUAAAUUCGCAAGAGAAACAGAAGAUGUCCGGGAGGCCGUCUCUCUUACCUUUGGUCUCACGAUUCAAAAUGCAGCAUCUGCCCUGGCUGCACUCAUUCUAGCCUUCAAACAAUCGUGGUCCCUUUCCCUUGUAAUCCUUUCCGUCAUCCCUAUUACCAUCGUUAUUCAGGGUGCUUCCCAAACCCUUUCUGCACCACACUACGACACCGAGCGAAGCGUUACUGCCAGCGUUGCUACUCGUAUCACCCGUGCCAUCGCAUCAAUUUCCACUGUCAAGUCGUACAACGCCGCCGGCUAUGAAGAGUCGCAGGUCUCAAGUCUUCUCGAGCAGUCGAUCAAGGCCUACAAGGCGUGUACGACUGUGUGGGGUGCUUCAAACGGCGCCGUCCAGUUCGUGCUCUUUUCCAUGUUUGUUCAGGGUUUCUGGUUUGGCGCCAAGCUCGUUAGGGAAGGCAGGGCAUCGGCUGGAACGGUUAUGAGUGUCUUCUGGGCUUGCAUUGUUCUCCAGGCGAGCUUAGGGACGUGCUUGCCUCUCCUCGUUACUCUCACGAAGGGGAAGACAGCUAUGGCCAGUUUACAGGCUGUUAUUAAUGGGGAUGAUGAUCAAGACGCCGCGAAUGUGCAUGAUUACGACGACGGGACCGUUCCCCCCCCUUACAUGGAGGAAUUUGAAGUUCCAUCAAACUAUCCCCAACCAAUUCCUGCCUCUGAGGGCCUGCGGCCGACAAGGUGCCUGGGCACUUUCGACAUUCAUGACCUGACUUUCACGUACGCUUCUCGUCCCGGGAAGCCUGCUCUGUCACUUGCCACUUCUCCCAUCCCGUCCAUCCAUAUUGCUGGUAACGACAUCACGUUCAUCGUUGGCUCGUCGGGCUCUGGCAAGUCAACUAUCGCCUCUAUCCUUGCUGGGUUGUAUCGGCCUGCCAGCGGCGUUGUGAUGUUCGAUGAAGUUGAAAUGGGAAGAUUGGACCAGCAGUGGGUCCACGAACGCGUUGGGCUCGUUGGACAAGAGUGUGUAUUGUUUGAAGGAAGUAUCAUGGCUAAUGUUGCAAUCGGUGUCGCUGGAAGCGGCAAACGCCCAGAAGAUGUUCCCGCCGCUGACAUUGAGAAAGCUUGUCGAAUUGCCUUAAUGCACGACUUCAUCCUUUCCCUUCCCCGAGGAUAUUCUACACCUCUGGGACCUUCUGGCCUUGCUCUCUCAGGUGGUCAACGCCAGCGUCUUGCCCUCGCUCGCGCCAUUCUCCGCGAUCCUGCUGUUCUCAUUUUGGACGAGGCCACCUCCGCCCUCGAUGCCACUACUCGCUUACUCGUUUUCGAGGCAGUCAGGCAGGAACGUAAACGAAGAACCACUGUCGUCGUUACUCACGAUUUGAGUAUGCUACGCCCUUCCGAUUACGUGUAUGUCAUGAAAGAUGGACGCUGCGUCGAGGAAGGCUUCCGGGAAGACCUCGUAGGCGUCACGGGGUGUCCUUGUGGAGGCGGCAAUUACACCGGUCCCCGACAGAAAGGAUGCAAAGGAGAGUGGGACGACGUGGGCGGGUGCGGCAGAGGCGAGUUUCGCGCCAUGCUGGAGAGACAGAUGGGCAUGGGUGGUUCACUUCCCCCCGUUGAACUUGUCGACCAAACACAUGAAUCCGUUGCAGCUGUCGAGCGUGCCAUGUCCCCCGCCCACAUGCCAGCUGCUUCUACAACCGACAAGCGCGUUUCGAAAAGAGCUAGCAUUUGGACAAAGAGUGUUAUUGCGCCUUGGGAGGUUGAUGCGAUUAGGGAUAUAGUGGGAAGCGGCAGCAAUACGGCGAGAGCCAUGGCGAUGCCUCAUCCAAAGAACCAUCUCAGCCCGUACAAGCUCCGAGGAAGGUACGAGAGUGUUGCUCCUCCUUCGGCCUACAAGGGCGUCAAGGGAGUGGAUGAGGCGACGAACACACAUUAUAGACCUUCGAGCAUGGCGUCGGCUUUUGUUGUCGGAGGUGCACACGGGAAGAGCGCAAGUGUGACUAGUUUACCGAGUCCAGCGGCCGAUGAUCUUUCGUUUCCCCGUCCGAAGGCUUUGGAUCUCGUCCGGAGGAGUAUGACAUUUGAACCUGUCGGGUGGGCGCCCGAUUCUCCUGUUAUGGUUUCUUUCCGCCAGAGAAGGGAUAGUGCAUUCGAGCGGACCAGUAUGGAGGACGAGGAAGAAAAGAGUUUCGAGGGUUUCAAGGAGGCGAUGGAGAAGAGCGGGUUGCAGGCCGUUUCCGGACGAAGACAUGCCCCGCAGGUGAUUGAUGUUAUUGUCCCUCAAGCCGCUGAGGAUCCUACGCCAGAGCAGCUUCCUUCUGUGUUUGUUUUGACUGCCUCGUUCUGGUCCACCAUCCCCGACAAGUUUUCCACCAUCCUCGGUCUUAUUUUUGCCCUCAUCAACGGUGCCCUUACACCCAUCUUCUCCUUCUUGUUGGCUCGCCUCCUUGCCCAGAUUGGGCUUGGGAAUGAGGCCGAUGCGAAGACAACAAACCUUUAUGGGUUGCUCGUGCUUAUUGCGGCUCUCACGUAUGGUGCAGCGAAUGGGCUACAGUUCUACCUCCUUGAGAUGUCUGCUAUGCGAUGGAUUGCUUAUCUCCGGCUCCGCGCGCUCUCCGCAUUGCUCAAGCAGGAUAAGGCAUAUUUCGACGAAGAAAAGAACAGUCCCGAACGACUUGUCUCCAUUCUUGUGACGGAUGGCGAUGAUGCAAGGACACUUAUUGCUAGCGUUGCAGGUCCUUUCGUCGUUGUAAUCGUCAUGCUGACCGUUGGACUUCUUUGGGCUAUGGUUCGAGGGUGGCAACUCACUCUCGUCGGACUUGCGAUUGUACCAGUCUUUGGAGGCGCCAUGAUUCUUCAGAGUCACAUCUCCACUCAGUACGAAGCUCGUAACAAGAUUGCUCGUGAUGAAGUUGCAAGGAGAUAUUAUGAAGCCGUUGCGAGCAUUCGUGCGAUUCGUGCUAUGGCACUCGAGAACGUAUUUGAGAGAUACUUCGAGAAUUCGGUGAAUGGUGCGAUGGAAGCUGGUGUGGAAGGAAGUUUUGUAGCGGGACUUGGAUUCGGUGUUGCGCAGGCGUUGAUUUACCUCGCCGAGGCGUUGUUGUUUUAUGUGGGAGCCGUGUUCAUGAGUCGGGGGACGUAUUCCUACCUCAAGCUUGUUCAGGUGUUGAACUUGGUGGUGUUCUCGGUGGCAAUUGCGUCGCAGAUGCUUACUUUUGUCCCGAAAAUCGCGAAGGCUAAGCAAGCUGCGAUCGAUCUCGGCAAGGUCCUCUCUCUCGGCACUCAAACAACGGAGUCGCGUGGUUCCCAACGCUUCCCCAUCGAGGGCGAGAUUGCCUUCCAUGAUGUUUACUUCAAUUACCCUCAACGUCCUGACGUUCCUAUCCUCCGUGGACUUUCUGGUGUCAUUCAACGUGACGAAUGCGUGGCCGUUGUCGGUGCUUCUGGUUCUGGAAAAUCUACUACCGCUGCCCUCCUUCAAAGGCUUUAUGAGCCUGACGCUGGGCGCAUCACCAUCGGAGGCUUCAACAUCGCUGACACGAAUGUCAAAUGGCUCCGCCAACACGUUGCCAUCGUCAGUCAGACUGCUCAGCUUUUCGACGCCACAAUUGCAGAGAAUAUUGCAUACGGCUGGGACUCAGAGAACAUUCCGUUCGAGCUAGUGGAGCGUGCCGCCCGGGAUGCCCAUAUUCAUGACUUCAUCAUGUCCCUUCCCAGCGGUUACGAUACUGUCAUUGGGGAGAAUGCAUCUCUUAUCUCGGGCGGUCAGGCUCAACGUCUAUCGAUCGCUCGUGCCUUAUUUAAUGGUCGUGCGAACGUUAUGAUCUUCGAUGAGUGCACUUCUGCCCUGGACCCUGCUAAUUCCGAAGCUGUGAUGAACACCAUCAUGGAGAUCAAGAAAGGUCGGACUUGCAUCCUUAUCACGCAUAAGGAUAGCGUGAUGAAGAGGUGUGAUAGAAUACUUGUCCUUGAUGGGGGGUUGAUCGUCGAAGAAGGGCCAUAUGAGGCUCUCAUGAAGAGACGUGGGAGGUUCUUCCAGCUUGCAAGCGCUGGGGAGCGGGCGGACGUGGAGUGAUCCUUCAUUUUCUUUGGUCUGAACCUUUUUGAUUUUCGAACACAGUCCUUUGCAUUCGGACUCCAAAGUAGAUCUUUCGUUCUGUAAUCUUUGUUUCGCGCCACAUUAUCACUUUCCUUUCGUUUGUUGUGCCUUUCAGCUUUCCUUUAUCUUUUCUCUGUGCUCAUUUAACCUGCAUUUGUAAUCUCCUACACCGCAAGCAUGUACGUAUUGGUUCGCACAUUACACCCUUAGGC